UCUUUUUGUAUUACAAUUCAUAAAAAACAAAAAAAUUAUAAUAAUAAUAAUAAGGAGCAAGAUUUAGGUUCCAAUCACAUGCUUGAUUAGUUGAUUACACACAUUUGUAAACCCAUGUAUUAUUCAGCACCAGAGCUUAGUAUUAUUCAUACACGUACUCGCCGGAAUUCGAUAUUUGCGUAGCAACCUGGCCGAAGGCCGAAGCACACACAAAAUCUUCUAUAACGUGUCAUGGAAAUGAUAAUUUUCCUUAUUCAAACCCACUUUACCAGCUGCAAUUUGAAUUUCAGUCUACAGGAGUGAGAAAAAAAUAUUGUGUACCAAGAACCGGUUAGGAAUUGGCGGGUCCAGACCCGAAACCGGUCAUAACCUGUUCCGAUUUCGAUUCUUGAGAUUUUAGACCUUGUAGAACCGGUCAUAAUCUGAAUAUUUUGUGUAAAUACUCUUUAUGUAUUUAUUUAAGGGAUACACCGUAUUUACGUAAGAAAUACAUUUGCCAUUUUUAUUAACUUAUCAACCCCACUAUCUAAUUAAAUAAUCUAUUUAAUAUAUCUUAUGUCCCACCACCCUAUUAAACAAAUAAUUUCAUAACUACAUUUCACCCCACCCCCUAAAAUGACAUGGUCCUCAUUUGUUUUACGUAUUAAAAUAUCUACCCAAGCCCACUUGUUUUAUCACUUUAUUUCAUUCAAUUCUUCUUCUUAAUACCCAUGUCCGGCCAAGUGUAUCUCUUAAAUAAAUACGGAGUGAGUAAGAGUUAAUCCCAUUACUAGGGUCUAAGUUGUACAAAAAACCUCAUUUUUAUUUGGUCAAUAAUUGGGACCUAAAGUUAGAUUUUUAGUAUGUUAACUCACCUUUAACUAAAGAUUGGCAAUUCAAACAAUAAAAUAAAUCAAAAAUAUAUUAUAGUAGUAAGAGUUACUCCCUCCUUUCCAUAAUGUUCCUCAUGUUUACUGUUCUUAUGGUCAAACUUAAAAACUUUGACAGUAAUUAUUAGUAUAAAUAAUUGAUAAAAUAUUAACUUGUGAAAACUUAUUGGAUUCAUUUCAUUGUAAAUUUUCUAAAUAUCAACCUUUUUUUACUUUUUACUAAUACGAAAUUAAAACUAUUGACGGUCAAAGUAGUGCAUUGGAAACCGUGCAAAAUGGAAAAGUGAGGAACAUUACGUAACAGAGGGAGUAUGAGUUAAUACGUAAUACUAUUUGUCAAUUUGUUAAUAUUUUGAGGGUUUUAUUGAGUUUUUUUUUUUUUUUUUUAUUAUUUGAAUUAAUGGGUAAUGAUUGAUUUUGUGUGAGAUUAAUAAUUGAAAUUGGUUAAUUUUGUAUGAGAUUAAUGAUGUUACAUUUGAUUGUUUAUGUGUUGAUUUUUGAUAUGCUAUGCUUGUUUGAUUUUUUUUUUUUUUUUUAUGUUUUGUAUGUUUACUUUGUGAAGUUUAUUCGUUGUAUAUGGGGAGCAAACUUUGUGCAUGAUUUCUAAAUUGAUUGAAAGUAAAAUGGUGUUUGGCCAUUGUUUCAGAUGAGGGUGCUUUUUAGAGGGGUAACGUGCAUUGGGUAGUUUGAUAGAUUGAUACAGAUUACGAAGUAUUUUUUUGCUGUGACCCGUAUACUCAUUCUUUAUUUGAAAAAAUGGGCUGGGCCGGGCCAGGUUAUGCUAAAUGGGUCAUAAUCCAACCUGGAAAAAUAUGACCCGAGCGGCCGAGCUAGGCCAAACCCACCCUUGAGACAACCCAUAUUUUAUAGGUUUGUGUAAAACAUUCACGAGAACGUUUUUGGUUUUGUUGAGUUUCUGUGUUAAAUCAUAUGUAUGUUAGAAAUUAAUUACUUAACAUUUUAUCAUCAAAUUAUAGUUACAUCGUAAUGGACUAAGUACAUUAGGAAAGGAAAUAAAAAUUAAUAUGGUGUUGGUGGUUUCUUAUGAUGUAAGUUUGGGAGGGAAAAUUGGAAGACUAACAAUAAUAAGUAACUAAUUUGUUUUGUAAUUUUACAAAAAUAAAAUAUUAAUAUCUUUAUUCUAUAAGGGAAUUCCCGAGAUCUAUAUGGUAAAUGAUCUUUUGAUAUCCCCUAUAAAAUAAACUAUUAUACCCCAUUAUUUAACAAUUUAACUGUUUUUUUACGCGAAUUGGAAUUAAUAAAAAAAAUAUUUAAUGUCAAAUAACCAACUAAUAAAGAUUAAUGAAAAUCACGCGCCAUCACACAAAAAAGCCAAAAAAAUAUUUAAUGAUGGCUAUGCAAUUAGGAAAGUCGUGCAACAUGCCUACAAUCUCUUAUUCUCUCAUUUUUCUAUAGGAAAAUAAUUAUACAACCACUUUGCUUUGUACUUUGAAACAAAAAGUACGUAAAAAUAUGGUUAGACAAGUACAUUCCGGGACAAAUAAUCAAGUAAAACAAAACUUCGUAUUUUAUAUGUUUAAUUUAUUUACUUUGGUACUAAAAUUUAGAUUUUUUGUUAUGAAUAAUAUAUUGGUAAGUUGCACUAUUUAGAAGUUUUUAAUAUAGAUAAUGUCAAACUUUUCUUAAUUUAGAUAACUCUGUGAACAAUGUUUCUUGCCAUUUAUUUGAGGUGAUUAUGUGUAUUAAAACAAUUUUUAAUUUUUUUUAUACUCUUGCACACCUCACUUGCUUAUAAGACAAUCUCUAUUAUACAAAUCAACUCAUGAGAACUUUGUUGUCCACCUGAAAUGUCGAUAAUACCCUUAUUGAAAAUUUAAAUUGUUAAAAAAAGAGUUAUACAGAGUGUUGUGGGAUCUUUUACGGUGCUGACGUAGCACACGCUCCUCGGAGGUAUCAAGUAUGACCUGGCACGAACUUCUGGCAACCUGCAAAACAAGAAUAUACCCGUAGGAAUAUUCCCUCCGAUGCUUAAGUAAGUAUAAGCUAGAGAUAUAAGUAAUUCGUAGAGAGAAGGCAGAGCAAAGAUAGGUUUGUUGUUGGUGGGCAAGAAUUGAAUGCCCUUUUACCUUGGGAUCUGAGCUAUUUAUAGUGCUAGGGUUUCUUGGGGACUGCACCCUCAACCCUAGCUGUGGGAUGCGUGCCCCUUGGGGAUUUAGGACACGUGGCCUUCGGCCUGCAAUGAUGGACCUUCUCUAUUUGGACCGGCCUUCAGAGAGAAUGGGCUUUGCCAAAUGGGGCUCUGUCGUUAUUCUGGUGGGGUACCAAGAUUUUGGGCCUUCUUUCUAGGUCUGAGCCCAUCUGACCAGUAUGAGUCGUAGGCUGCCUCUUUGGGCUUUGUGGGAGAUGUAUUCAAGCCCACAUCAUUUGCCCCUCAUGAGGAGUGAAAACAGACGUUAGUUUUCUUCUGCUCUUGGAGUGUCCAACGAGGUGAUGAUGCGUGGCAGGGGUAAUCAUUUCUUACCCCUCUAUAAAUAAGUGGCCAAUUUGAGUGAUUUUCCCCCUCAUUUCCAGUGAUCAUUUGAGAGCAAUAGGAGAAGGCGAUUUCCGGCGUCUUACACCCACCGAAAUCCACCGUAGCACCGCCACGAUCUUCAAAGUCGUGUUCUUGCAGUUCUUCAUCCAAGUUCUUUCACAAACUCUCUUUGAUUUAUCAGGUAAAUGCUUUCUUUGGAAAAAUGUGUUUGUUGAUUUUGAUUCUUCCGAAUUCUCUUCUUAGUCAUGCAUGGGUCUCGUCAAACUGAGGGCGUCAUCUUGUCCCUUUGACGUCCUCUUUUUUCAAGUUUGUCCCUGUUUUGAGACAAGUCUAGGCUUGUUGCAGGAUUUAAUGGCGCGAAUAGAAGACGAGGAGCAGUUCAAAGAAGAAUCAUCUUCUCCUAUAGAGGACGUCCCUGAAAGCACCGAUGCUGCGCCGGCUAGUACGUCAGGUGGGGAGGAAGGUCACCUUCAUCCCAGCGCCAUCUUCCCACUUCAGACGUGGCUGAACUUUCUCACCCUUGAGGGGAAGGCCUAUGGGAGGUCUCUGAAUCUAGGUUCGGAGUACAAGUUUCGUAUGCCGGCCGGCAUGGACUGCACCAGCUUGGGACUGGUGGAAGGAGAGUUUGCCGUUUACGGCUCAUUUCUGAAGCUGGGUAUGAGAUUCCCCCCUCACCCCUUUGUGGUGGAGUUGCUGGACGGCUUUAAUAUUGGCCUGAGCCAAAUGUCCCCGAACUCCUGGGCGGGUGUGUUUAGCUAUAUUGCUCGCUGCGAUCUUGCAUGCAUCACCCCUUCCCUUCCGGCGUUCCUAAGAAUCGCCUCCAUGUCCCAAGUUUCGAGAGCCGCCGCGGGCUGGCUGAUUCUUUCAUACAAGGGGGCCUACCGGACGGUGAUGGGGAAGGCGUCUAAGUGGCAUCACUAGAGGAAGAAGUGGGUGGUCAUCAAGACCACCAAUCUGGAGAUGUGCGAGAGGAUGAGACGCUGGAACGUCAAGCCCAACUUGGUUGGAAAAGGCGCUUCUUUACCUCCAGUCUCCGCCGAGCUCUGGGAACGGAUCUCGUCGUUGUUCAAGGUCAAGCCGCUCGUCAUCAAGGACAAGACGGCCUACAUACCCGAGGGGUGGUUGCCUCAUCUAGAUCAACUGAGCAAUCCCGUUUUCCUCUCAGCUGUAGGCUUGUGUCCAUAUAUGCCGAGAGGUAAUGUAUCUAUACUUCCAACUCUUCACUGUUUAAUCAAAAUCGCACUAAUGUCUUUAUUUGUUUUUUCAGACGAGGCCAUGGGUAAGCUGGACGAUGCCUCCAAAGGCCAAGUGGAUAUGCCGUCUUGGUUGGCGAAGGUACUCGACGCCAGCACCUACAAAGCUUGGAAGCGUCAGCAGGCGGCCGAGCAAGCCAUUUCUGAGCAAAUGGCUCCCCCUCCUGCUGAGGAGAAGAAGACGAGGAAGGUGGCCACGGACGCGGCUCCUACUUCUAAACGCAGGGCUGGCGGCACAGGAAAAUCCGUCUUCAAGUCAGUGACGUCGAAGGCUUCUAAGGGGUUUGCCGUCCCCAAGGCUGCAUCCGCUUCUCCUAGCUUGGAGAAAACUGGAGGGACAACUGAUCCUCUUGCGGGGAUUCCUGAAGUCGUCCGCCGCAACAUUCCUCUGAAGACGGCGGAGAGAGCUAGGAAUUCUGGGGGUAAGUUUUACUCCAACAUCGUAACCACAUGCCGUUCCUCGUCUAGCAGUUCUCUAGUUUCCCCCAGGGAUUCUAAGGCCGUUGUUUUUCCCAUAGAAAUUCCCGAUCCUCAGACUGACAUAGAUGCUGAAUUGGAUCAGAUCCCUUCUUCAGGCGGGUUCAAUUCUCAUGACCGUAGGAAGAUAAUGACGUUGAUGCGCAAUGCCAUUCCUCCCCAAUAUGCUGAAACUCUUCCUGAGGCGGCCGAGAAUAUGCUUGCCGCCAUGCAGUCCUCAGCGCUGGACAUGUUCAUUCUGCUGGACUCACUGAAAAAGUGGCGCACUGCUUUGGUGCAUGAAGAAGCUCGUCACCGUCUUCUGGCCAGUCAGUGUGGUGACCAGCAUUUUGCUGCGGUGGAGAAGUUUCGCUUCGACAGGCGGGAGCAGAUUGACGCUGUGACUACCGCCCUGGCCUCCCGAAAUGCUGAGAACACAGCUCGUCUCCUACAUAUUGAUCAGAACUUUUCUGAAAUGGAGGAUCUUUCCAAGAAGAUCAAGGAGAAAGAGGCUGAGUUUUCUCGUCUUGAGACUCAGUUUAAAGAGUUGGAGGUCCAGCUGGAGGCGGCUAGCAAGGAAGUCGCUUCGUCACAGAGCGUUCUCGACCAGUUGGCCAUGCUAGGUGAGAAAUCGAUCCGAAGGGGUAUGGAGCUUGCAUGGAAUGCUGAAUUUGCAAGUGAACGUCCCUUCAGUUGGUUUGAGAAGUUUCUCACCUAUCAGAUUGAGGUGGAGAAGGCUCAAAAGGAAGGACGCACUCCUCUUGAGUUCGUGCCCAGCGAGGAUGAGGAAUGAGUUCAUACGCGUCUUUGUAUUUAUUAAUGUUUUUUUUUUUUUUUUUUUUUGCACAUGUUCUUUUGACACCAUGCUUGGUGGC